GCGUUGCGAGAACAAUCUCUCGAAUACGGAGGAGCAGGACUGGGGCGAAUGCCGCCGCAUGUUCAGGGCAUGCUUGGAGCAGCAAUAGGAUCGGAGGAACCUUCUUAUGAAGAAUUGUCAGCUUUGCAGGAGAGAAUUGGAAAUGUAAGCAGAGGAGUCCCCGUGACCACAAUUGAGCAGAAUUCCUUCACUUUUGAGUACCACCCUCCAAGCCCAACAUCCGAGGCAGGAGCAAAUUUGCAGAGGGACCCCACUCUCGCUCGCUGCCCAGUGUGUCUUUGUGAGCUUGAGCAAGGCGACGCCUGCAGGAGACUUCCUUGUCUGCACAUGUUCCACAAGGAUUGUGUCGACGAUUGGCUGAAGCGCGACAGACAUUGUCCCGUCUGCAAAACAGACAUCGUGACAGGAGCCCAGGAAACCAGGAGGGAGGCAGGAGAUCAGCAGUGUUCAGCGGCUGCCAUGCCUGGAGAGCCAGAUUUCUCACCUCCAGGAUGGGGAUCCGAUGAUGAGUUCGAGGGCCUGGGAAUCCCUGGAUUCGGUCCUCGCCCGGGCAGGAGCCAGCCAGGGGUGGGAUUUUCGAACCCUGCUGCUGCUGCUGCUGCUGCUGCAUUGACAAACACGCCGGGUGGAAGGCCGGCAUUUCCUCCGUGGAUCAAUCAAUCUCGACCAGAGAUACUUGCUGCCGCUGCUCAGUCAAGGAUCGAUGCUGCGUCAGACUCAGCUGGGAUGGUACGAGACGAUGUGACUGGGCAGAUGCGUCCAGCUGGUGCCCAGGGACCUGUAGAGCGCCUUGCGGGAGCAGUUGAGGGAGAUCUCUGGGCAGGAAUGACGAGCAGAGCAGGAGGGUGGGAGGCAAUGUACGGAGGAGCAAGCUCUUACUACGACAUGCUUCACUCAACAGGGCCUCUUGGGUCUUUGCGAAGACGAGGUGCAGGAGCUCCUCCUGGUCUUGACCCAGCCACCGAGAUGCUGAGCCGUGCUUCCUUGGAUCCUGGAAGCCACCGUCCCGGCCCUUCUCCUCAGGGCGGACCUACCAGCUCUGCAGAGGCUUUGCUUCAGCAGGUGACGAUGAUCAAUGACGCAUGAUGAACCGACCGCCCUGAAGUCCGAUCGCAAACAGGCUCGCGCACAGCAUGCCAUGGCGCAGCAGGCGAUGAGGGAAGGAGGUUUUCCUGCUCAAGCUCAGCCUCCAUCAGGCGCUCCUCGAGAGUGGAGCCAUUUCUAUCAAGGACGAUAAAGAGCGGCCGGCAAGGGCAGCCGCGACGGGCCAGCACCGAGUUUAGCUGACACCUUCAGCGGUGCCUACAAAUACGAACGGCUGGCAGGCCCUCAAAAUAAAAUGGUUGAACAG